AUGGGUUCUUCAGAGGCAGAUCCAGAUCCAGUGACACGCUACUCCCAAACCGAACGCAUCGUUCUCCUCAUCGACUUGGACCCACUCCUCCACCUCCCUGACCCCACACCUUACACCUCCGCCAUCCUCUCCUCCGCCGCCACACUCCUCUCCUUCCCCUCUCUCUCCACAGCACUCUUCUCCUUCAGGCUCUUCUUGUCAUCCCUCUCCCCUCUCCUCUCAUCCUCCACUCUCUCCAUCCCUCUCUCCCUCUCCUUCGACCUCCCUUCCCCCACCCUCCGCCACCUCUCCAACGCCCUCUCCUCCCUCCCCUCUCUCCUCCGCCGCCACCACAUUUCAUCCCCCAAAGCCUCGCACAUCGCCUCCACCUUGCGCCAGCUCAUCCACGACUAUGCUUGGGAUCCCGAUUCAAGUCUCGAUUCUCCAAUACCUUCCAGUUUGGUACUCUUGUUCUCUCCCCUAUGCAAUUCCUUUGAACAAUUGUCUUUGUUUCUUGAUAGAGAGGUCGGUGAUGAGUAUUCUUUCCGCGAGAUGUUUUCGGAGUUCUUUGGGGGUGUUAGGGAUGUGUUUAGUUCUAGAGAUAUUCACUGUAGUUGGGUUAGUGUUAGCGCUAGUGCUAGAUUUGAAUUCGAGUGCGGUGAUAGUGGUGAAGUUGGAAGGGUUCGUGGGUUUUUUGAGAGGGGGGUUAAGGGUUUGGGUUGGGGUUUUUGUGGCGCAGAUUCGAUUGUGCUUGGUUCUGCUCUUGUUCCUUUUGGCUUGAUUUACCCCAAAAUUGGGGUUUGUUGGGGUUCUCUUGGUUUUAAUGAUUGUUCAUCUAAGAAAGCUCAAGUGCAGCUGUGUCUUCAGAUGUUAGAUGUGAAUAGGAUUCCUAUUCAGUGCAAUUGUUGUGAUCUUGAGUUAGUGGAUUUGAAAAUUCCACGUAGGUGUGGUGAUGCUAGGUUUAAUCCGGAUUUGGCGAAUUCGCAAGGAGCAGGUUGUCAGCGAAAUGAGAGAUUUCGGAAACAGUUUUCGGAUGGAAUCAUUAAAUUUGAGGUUAAGGCUGUGCAGAAGUCUGAUGCUUUUGUGAAUGUGAGGCAAUGCUUAUCUGAAUCUGUUAUGGUGCGUGAGGUUUUCAGAGAACCUAAGAAGAAAAAGGACGAAAAUUCGGAUCAGUUUUUUGCAGAUAGGGUUCUUCAGAUGCUUGCUACUGAAUUUGGCUUCCAGUGGAGGAGAAAAUCAGUGCCCAUUUGGGAAAUCCUCUUGAGUUUUCUUUGUAAAGAAGGUUGCUGGGCGUUGGUGUCUCUCACCAAUGGUAAUGGUGGUUCAUGUAUGGGUGUUCUGAGGCCUUUUACUGUUUAUUCUGCUCUCUUAUCUGUAUUAGGGGAUCCAGAUAUGGAUAAUGAUAUAGGUGGAGCAAACAUGGCUCAAUAUAUAAGGACAAUGGAACAUAGGGUUUUUAAAUCUGAUCGCAAAUCUAAGAAGGACAAGGUUUUCUUGGAUUCUCAAGCUAAGGAGAGUGAUGCAGCUAAUGAGGGUCAUGGGGAAAAGAAAAAGAUGGAUUUGAAAUCACUUCAAAACCUUACAUGGAGCUCAUUCUGUGAAUCAGUAUGUGAUCAAUUUGAAAUGGAUUUGAAGGAUGUUUAUUCAGUCAUUGAAAGUAGCAAGUCAAAAAAGUUGAAGUUUUUGAAAUGGUGGAUGAAACAGAUAAAGAAGUCUAGCUGUAGUGAUAUAAUAAAUUUGCCAGAAACACCAAAGUCAAAUGAGAUCAUUGCAGAAAAGAAUAAAGAUAAAUUAACUGAGUCACCUCAAAAUAUUGAACAGCCGGUAUCCUCAUCUGCCUCAGCUGGGAUUAACACCGAGGCUUCUAGAAUACAGGAUGACGCUGUGCUUGACUGUAGGUUAGAAACGUCUGCAGAAUUUUUCAGUAAUCUUUCCACCAAGAUCCAACAGGGGAUUGAAUCAGAAGAUAUAGACCUUGGGGCUAUGGCAAAGCGACUUGUGAAUUCAUCUAUCUAUUGGCUGUGUCGGAAGGAUAGCAGAGAAACCAAUUCUGAGGGCCAGAAGGGUGGCAGAGAAACAAAUUCUGAAGGUCACAUUGUUGCAUCUGAACUGAUAAAAUUUCUAUUGAAAGAACCAAAAGAGUUGGCAGCAAAGUAUAAAAGCAGAAAUUCUUUCUCUCAGGCCUCCGAACCAAGACGUACUAAACAAGUUACAGAGCAUGCAGCUAGAGAAUAUGAGCUGCAGAUUUUGCUUCGGAUGGAGAUUUUACAAUCAGAGGUUGGAAGUGGAGUCGAGGAUUCUAGUAAACACAAGUUUAUCAAGAAAAUAUGCCAGCUUUUGGAUGACAUGCACUGCCACAUGGAAGGGGGUUUCUUUGGUGAUUGGAACCUUGAAAAUUAUGUGGCAAAGAUCAUCAAAAGCAGGUAUUCUCACACUCUUGAAGACGUGGUCCACAAAAUCUACAACAAAAUGGACCUGCUGCUGUUUGCAGAUGUGGAGGAAGCCCCUAAUAAUUUUCUUAACAGUGAGGACAGCGAUAAACCCUUGAACCAAAUAGUAUACAGAGAUGAAAUGGGUGAAAAUGAUAUCAGUAAUGGACCCAUUUCAUCAGAAAACGAGCCCUUUCAGUUGCAGAAUAAUGACACUGGAAAACUCCAAAGGGCUAUUCAAGAAGAUCAUGGCCGAAAACUAAUUGAAGCUAAGGAAAGGAGAGAUAGGGCACGUAGAGUUUGGGCGCCAAAACACAAGGCUAUGAAACCAAAGACAGACCCCUUUAGAAAGGUGCCAAACGAGAAGCGGAAAAGGGCAAGCUAUGACAGAGUAUGUGAGACACCAUUGACAGGAAACAAGCGUUCAAUUCAACGGGAAGGGGAUUCAGGUUAUGACAAUUACAUAGCUGAUGGGGAUCAAGCAUCUGGCUCAGUUUCCAGGAAAUUGUUUCAGGGUGACUGAUCUUUGAUGUAAGUAACCUUACCUGGCUUCUACAGAUAAUUUGUAUAUGCAAACUGCCAAACUUACAAAACAGAAUAACCCAAGAUGUGUACUUUAGUUUUUCAGCCACAAAUGGUGGAUGCUAGUGUCUUGGACUCUGGAGGUGUAUAUUUGCUUUUCCGGUAUCAGAAUAUUAGUGUACUAGCAUGAUUAGUUGAUUCACUUUCAUAAGUCAUUAGGAUUUGUAACUGGAAAAAUUUAAUUUGUUCAA